AUGUUCCAUGUAUCGCUCCUCAGGUGGCUCUUUGCUUCCACGUCUCUCUUCAUCCAAGUCCAUACCUGGGGUUGCAAAUGUGCUCCUGAGGACAACUGCUGGCCGUCAACAUCUCAAUGGAACACAUUCAACCAGUCUCUCUCUGGAAAACUCAUCGCUGAUGUCCCACCCGCUUUGCCAUGCUACCCUGGCCCAGCAUUCAACGCCGAAGCAUGUGCUGCAGUUGACGCCGAGCUAACAGAACAGACUUUCGUAGCCGAAAAUCCCAUCGCACUGUCCUAUCCUACGGGCUCAUGCCCGCCCAUCAACGCAACCGCUGGUUCGUCGUGUACAAUUGCGGAUCGGCCAACGGACACAUGUCCGGAUGGCAAUCUCACAUCGGUGACACAUGUUGGAUCAUGCUCUAUUGGGGACCAGCCAAGGUACACGGUCAAUGCCACGGAGAUUGCAGAUGUAACCGCAGGAAUCAAUUUCGCACGGCAAAAGAACAUAAGACUUGUGGUACGAAAUACGGGGCAUGACCUAUUGCGAAGGUCGACAGGCUAUGGUAGCUUACAGGUCUGGAUACGAUAUCUAAGGACAGGCAUCAAAUUUCAAGAAACUUAUCAGCAAUCCGGUGCCUGUUCCAAAUCGAGUUGGAAAGGAAGUGCUUUCGUGAUUGGAGGGGGUUAUACUUGGGAAGAUGUAUAUAGUGAAGCGGCGAGCAGGAACGUGAUCGUUGUCGGCGGUGGCACACCGAGUGUCGGCUGUCUCGGUGGCUGGAUGCAAGGCGGAGGGCACAGUCCCGCAACCCAUGACUUUGGUCUCGGAGCGGAUCAAGUGCUCGAAGCACAAGUUGUGCUAGCAUCUGGCAAAGUAGUGACGGCAAACCCUUGCGAAAACUCGGAAAUCUUCUUUGCCAUUCGUGGUGGGGGCCCCAGCAGCUAUGGAAUUGUAGUCUCGACGGUUAUCAAAGCUUACCCUACAAGGAAAGUCGCUGCUCAGAUAUUUGGCUUUGCCCCUUUGACUGCGAAUGACUCCUCGGCAUUCAUGGAUGCUUUAGCCAUCGUCCACCAAAACUACCCAAGAUUGUCUGACAGCGGCUUCUCUGGCUACGGCUCCUGGUCAAUAUACUCUCCAAGUCCGUUAAUCGGCAACUAUUCUACCGGCUUCAUCCACACCAUCGCUGUGUUUGGGAAAACAGUCGCGGAGGCAGAAGAGCUCUUCGCUUCAACAGCAGCGCAGUUACAAAAAUACAACAACACCAGUCUGUAUAUGACGACCAGAUACCUCUCCUUUCCAACUUAUGUCGCCUACUAUGACGCACUUUCUGGUAUCGUGACUCCAGUUGGACAAACUGCAGCUUUAGGCUCUCGCUUUCUCGACCAAAAAGCUCUGACCGGCAACGCGACCGCACUGAAAGCCAUGCUUCAAACCAUUGCCGGAACGCCCGAGCAAGCGACAUCUAACAACAUUGUGUUUGUGGGAGGCGGCCAAGUUUUCACAGAUGCUAGCGAUCCUUACUCAGGCGUCAAUCCCGCCUGGCGCCAAACUUACGUGCAUAACAUAGUCGCAAGAGGCUGGGCUCCAGGCUCAUCGAAUGCGACAAUCCAAGCGGUCUAUGACGAUAUCACUUACAACAAGACCCAGGCGAUGAAAGACCUUGCGCCCAACACAGGGUGCUACAUGAACGAGGCUGAUCGCUUUGACCCGGACUACUUGCAGGACUUUUAUGGAGAGCAUGGAGCGAAACUUUCUGAAAUCAAGAGGAAGUAUGAUCCGCGGAGCGUGUUUUAUUGUCCGACAUGUAUUGGUAGUGAGCUUUUCAAAGUGAAGCCUAGUGGGCAGAUCUGUUUGUGA